AUGGCGACAAAACAGGCGUUGAAAAGACUGACGAAAGAGUACAAGCUCAUCGUGGAGAACCCACCCCCAUACGUUACUGCGCGCCCCAAUGAGGAUAACAUCUUGGAAUGGCACUAUGUGAUCACUGGACCCCCAGAAACGCCAUAUGAAGGCGGGCAGUACCAUGGGACGCUGACUUUCCCCUCGGAUUAUCCUUACAAACCGCCUGCCAUCCGGAUGGUGACACCCAACGGCAGGUUCAAGGAGAACACAAGACUGUGUUUGUCCAUGAGCGACUACCAUCCGGAUCUCUGGAACCCUGGCUGGUCUGUCUCCACAAUCCUGACAGGGUUGCUCAGUUUCAUGACCGGGGAUGAGGCGACGACAGGAUCCAUCACCACGUCGGAACAGCAGAAGAGGGUGCUGGCCAAGAGAUCCAUGGAGUAUAACACGUAUAAAAACCGCAGGUUUAAAGCGGUGUUUGCAGAUAUAGCAGAAGGCAACGUUAAAGAACUUGCCAGGAGAAAAGAGGAAGGCGUUGAUGAUUUGGAACUCGCCAAUGAGGCUGCGAGGAAUGCGGAUCCUGUGACAGAGGUGGCCAAGGAGAAAGUCAUCGCCCUUGACGACAUCAAAGACCCAGAGGAUAGAAUACGUGCCGAGGAGGCGCUACGGACUCAGGCAGCGGAGGACCGGAGACAGGAGAAUGCGGGGAGUAACAGUAAAUUGUACAUCGGUGUCGCCAUUUGCUUAUUCCUGUUGGGUCUUUUCAUGAAAUAG